GGUGGGGAGGGGGUGGGCGGCGGUGUCGGCCUGGCAGGGAGGGAUGGCAGCAGGGGUCGCUGGCUAGGGCACUGGUUUGUCAGAGCCGCAGUUUGCCGAAGGGGGCGAGGAUGACCGACCACCAGCCAAUGAGGACCCUGAUGGAAUACCGCCUUCUCGGGGCUUCUGGGAGAGGGAAAUGUGACCAAGGGGCUCCGGGAGCCCCUGACCUCCUCUGCUGGGGUGAGGGGAGGGCAGCUGCCCCUCAUCGCCCCCCCUUCUCUCAGACCUCUUUGUGGGACACCCCUCAUGUGCCCGCAAGGCUGCCCCCCUGCAGCCCCAUUCGGCCACCUCUUCUCAGGCGCAGGAGCCUCAGCCCUCAUCCUCCGCUCCGGCCUCCACGUGGCCCUCCCCCGUCAUCUCCAGAGACCCUCCCUCUCCUCCUCCCGGCGCAGGAGGGGUGGGGGUCUGGCUUCUACUUCUUCCCCGGGCGAGCGGGCAUCUCUGCCGCUCGUGCCCCCUCGGUCCCGGGCCCCGGCCUAGUCAUCGCCCGGUCUUCCUUCUUUCUAGGAUUCCGUCCCCAGCGGCGCCAGGAUGGAGCGGCCUUUCGGCCUCCCGCCAUGGGCUCUGCCCACCAUGCCCACAGGCCACACCCGGGGAACGCCCGGGGCUGGUCCCCCUCCUUCCAAGCCCCCAGGAACGGAGGCUACUGGCUCAGGCAGCCGGGGGCGGCUCCCAUGCCCCCAAAGCAGAUGCCCCUGCGGCAGCGGCACUGUCCGGGUGAAGACCGUGUCAGAGGCUGCCCCGCGGGCAAAGGCCACGAGACGGCGCGAGACCGCCCCCCUCCGGCGGCCACCCUGCCCCCCUCUCCGCGGGCUGACACCGGCCCCGAAGUCCGGGUCCCCAGCCCUGCCCGGCCCUUCCCAGCCCUGGGAGCCUGUAGCGCCGGCUCCUUCUCCGCUGACAUAGUGACGGAGGACGACGUCUACUGCAGCUGCCUGUCCAAGACGCUGUGCCACGUGCCCACGCCCGUGACCGUGGGCUUCUACGCGCCCUUCGGCUGCCGCCUGCACAUGAUGCUGGAUAAAAUCACAGCCCUCAUGCAGAAGGAGGCGGCGCAGCGGGAGGCGGAGGAGCUGCAGCAAGUGCGCUGGAGGCCGCGGCAGGUGCACGGCUGGGGCUUCCCGCGGCUGCUCUGGUACCUGGUCUUCUACCAGCCGGUCAUCACGGAGCUGCACCUGCGCCGGAAGAACGUGCACUUCCUGUUCGUGCGCUUCAGCGCCUGGCAGUACGCGGGCACCGACAAGCUGUGGGCCGGGCUGGUGACCACGCUGUGCGACGGCAUCCGCGAGCACUACGGGGCGCUGCCCUUCAGCCUCUACACGGUGGUGGGCAACAAGCCGGCCGCGGCCCCCGACUGCUGCCAGCGCGAGUGGCACUGCCGGCGCCGCGUGUGCCUGGUGCUGCUGGCGCUGGCGGCGGCGCUGGCGCUGGGCGUGGGCCUGCUCUACCUCUCCCUCGGCGGCCGCGCGCCCGGCAGGGAGGGGGGCGGCCACGGCAGCCUGCUCAAGGUCUUCGGGGGCGCCGCCACCACGCUGUCGGGCUCGGGCCUGCUGAUGGCGCUCUACUCGGUGGGCAAGCACCUGUUCGUGAGCCAGCGCAAGAAGAUAGAGCGGCUGGUGACGCGCGAGAAGUUCGGGAGCCAGCUGGGCUUCAUGUGCGAGGUCAAGAAGGAGGUGGAGCUGCUCACCAACUACCUGCGCUUCCUGGAGAUCUUCCAGCGGCGGCGGCUGCGCGUGGUCCUGGAGGUCACGGGGCUCGACACCUGCUCCUCCGAGCGCGUGGUGGGCGUGCUCGACGCCAUCAACACGCUGCUCUCCGACGGCCAGGCGCCCUUCAUCUUCAUCCUGGUGGUGGACCCGCACAUCCUGGCCUCCUGCCUGGAGAGCGCCAGCUCCAUGAAGGGCGUGGCCGACAACGGCUACCUCUUCCUCAACCGCACCGUCACGCUGCCCUUCUCGGUGCCCAUCAUGGGGCGCCGCACCAAGCUGCGCUUCCUGGAGGACGCCGUGCAGAGCCGGGACGACCUGCUGUACCGGGCCAUCGGGCGGCAGCCGCGGGGCGGCCAGAAGGGGGAGGCCCCCGCGGCCGAGGGCGCCGAGCUGCUGCAAGUGGAGGCGGCGGGGGGGCCGGAGCAGGGCAUCGAGGCCGAGGCCGGGCGCCGCAUCCGCGAGGCCCUCUUCUGCCUGCACGACGAGCGCGACUGUCUCUACGAGUACGUCCCGGACAACGUGGUCUCCAUGCGGCGCAUCGUCAACACGGUGCCCAUCACCGUGAGGCUGCUGCACGAGCACCAGGCCCGCGGCGAGGGCUCCGGGCCCACGCCGCGCCAGGCCGUGGCCUGGGUGGUCCUGGCCAAUCAGUGGCCCUGCCGGCUGAGCUGGGCCCUGCAGUGCCUCGAAGACCGCCAGCAGGUGGAGGGGGGCCCGGACCCCCAAGCUCUCCUCUGGGGCAUCUUCCGCGACAACAGCCGCGAGCUCCACACCAUGACCAAGGCCCUGCAGAACGUGGUGGACCUGGACGGGGACCCCGAGCUCUUCGCCCGCUUCCUGGGCGUCGACUUCCCCUUCACCGUGGCAGAGGCCCAGAGUCUGCUCUGCUGCACCGUCAACCUAGACCACUCCAUCCGCCGCCGCAUGGGACUCAUCCGCAGCAUCCGCGCCCUUGACCCCCAGGGUGGUGACCCCCGGGGCUCCGCCUCCCACCCGGAGAAGCCUUCCUCCCCCCACCGGGACCGGCCCCUCCAUGCAGGCGGCAUCCAUGCCCUCGACCCUCAGGGCGGUGACCCCCGGCGCUCUGCCUCCCACCCAGAGAAGCCUUCCUCCCCCCACCGGGACCGGCCCUUCCACAUGGGCAGCAAAGCGGGCACCAUCUCCUGAGCGGGGGGCGAUCAAGGCGGGACAGUCGCGUCCCACUCGUUCCUGGACGCAGAGAGGGCGGCAGCGCGGGUCGGGGGCCCCGGCCAGCAGUGAGAGGCCAUCCUGCAGACCGCUGCCCGUGAGCGUCAGGGCCCCACUUUUCCAGCUCCCAGUGAAGCAGUGUUAUGAACUCGGGCCUCGAGUGGUCUCCCAGCAGUGUGUGUGUGAGUGUGAGUGUGAGUGUGUGUGUGAGUGUGUGUGUGCGAGCGCGUGUGUCGGGAGACCCACUGGAAACCCCCUCUUCAGUGCAAUAAAGACGUGUCUCAGUCAGA